CUCUGCUUCUGGCCAUGAGGAACACCAGCAAGGAGGUGCAGGGUGUCUCACACCGCUAUGCUCCCUGUGAUUGGUAUUACCAYCUGCCCACAAAGCGCUCUGAGAAAGCUGUGGAUGUCCCACCAGCGUCCCAGAUCCCAGGACUCAGUAAUCUGGAAGAAUCACACAAUGGGAACAUACCUGGGACUAGGAAGUACUGGAUAAAAGAAACGGAUUCAGAAUAUGUGAAGCUUGCAAAACAAGGUGGCAGACCUGAUCUGCUGAAGCAUUUUGCCCCUGGCACGAGGCAAGGCUCCCCGGUGGCCUAUGCCCUACCCGACUGGUACAUCCACCACAGCAAGCCACCCACGGCCCACCAGCAUGAAGUUCCUGUGGUCUCCAUGCCAGACUACAUGGUGUAUGAAGAAUUCAACCCUGGUCAGGCCAACAGUAACUAUGAAUCCAGAAGAGGGCCCUUUGACUUUGACAUGAAAACGGUUUGGCAAAGAGAGGCCGAGGAACUAGAAAAGGAGAAGAAAAAGGUGAGGCUGCCAGCCAUUAACUCAAAAUAUCCAAGCAAAACGGGGACCCCGCUUGGCCCUAAAGACACUGCUGGAAGCAGACUGUCUUUCCCUCCCAUGCCUGGUCAAAAAACCAGUUCCCCAACAAACUUUUCCAAACUUAUUAGCAAUGGCUAUAAAGAUGAAUGGUUACAGCAGCAGCGAGCUGAUUCCGACAAGAAGACACCAAAGACAUCCAGGUCCUCAGUGUCAUCUCAGUCCACACAGGACCCAGAAGGGUCCCAGGAUACAGAGACACCCCAGGAUCCAGAGGCUCCUGAAGGCUCUGAGAAAGCUCAAGAGUCUUCUCCUCCAAGCCCAGAAGCAUCUCCAGCUGCAUCGACACCAGCAGAGCUUAAAUAAACCUGGGUGUAAUUUUUACAAUGACAUUUUUAGUAGCUAACUAUAAUACAAAUCAGGGCUGUAUUUAUAAGGCUCCCAUUUGUAUAUUAUUAAUAUAGAUUUUUACCUACAAUUCAUCUUGUAGCAUAUUUGGCAUUGCUGUGGCAUAGACGGUGGAAGCGUUGGUUUUGUUUCUUGCCYUUCUCUAGGGUGUUAAACACAUGGUCAGUAAACACAACCAUGGCCUCUAUUACCCUUUCCCUUGUUGGCCUGGUAACAUCCCAAUGUCUUGGGACUAAUCACACCUCCUGUGUGCCCCGUGGUGGGAUGGAAUUUCUAUGAGAUUUUGAACUAGAAGAUCAACAGAACAAGCUUCAAGAAUUUUCUGUUCUUUGCUCUUUGUAGGAAUAAUCUUCCUGUUACAAAACAAAAUUCCAGAAUAUGGUGAUAUCUUUGAGAUUUUAAAAAGAUUUUAUUAUACCUUGAUGUUUUAAGAACUUAAUAUAAAACAUUGUAACAUUUG